AUGGAGGGUGUUGCGAAUCAGAAUGGAGCACAUUUAUUCACAGGGUAUCAAAACAAAAGAGGAAAUUGGAUGGAACAAAUGAGAGGUUCACUUAUGGUGGUAGCAACAGUUAUUGCAUCUGUAACUUUUCAAAUUGCAAUAAACCCACCAGGAGGUGUUUGGCAAGAAAACACAGAUAGCGCGCAAGGAUGUCCAAAAAACGAAACAUGUAACGCUGGUACUUCAGUACUUGCUGCGAGCGAAAAACUUAAAUAUGAAGCUUUCAUAUUACUAUGUACCAUAUCUUUCUCGGCUUCUUCGACAAUAAUCUUGUUGUUGAUAUCUGGACUUGAGAUAGCGAGUAGAGCUGUCAAAAUGGGAUCGGCCCAUAAGUCCAACAAUUUGGCACGAGUUAGGUCGUAA